UGUGUGUGUGUAACUAAUACGGGCUUAGGUAAAGAGUCACCAUGCAUCACUAAUGAGAGACACCCAGCCAGAGACACUGCAGGCAAAAUUUCAAAAGGUUCUGAAGUUGUGUGGAGUAAGGGGUCUUGGAAGUUCUUUGUUUUUUCCCCUCAUUUACUGUGUUAUUUCAUAUCCAUGUUUUAAAGUAUUUAAAUACACCACAAAGACAGAGAACUCUAAAAUGCCCUCAUAGCCAAGGCCAGCAUUUUGGAUAUAUUUCUGAGUGAGAGGCUGAACUGAAAUGAACAUUGUGGGAAAACUCAAUUUAAUGAUACCUUGGUGUAUUUUCAUCAUUCACACCCUGCUGUUUUCCUUGCAAGGUUCUUGCCCUCAUGAAUGCCUAAAUGGGGCUUUCUGUUCUGCGGCUGGUACAUGUGACUGUCAGAUAUUUCAGGCCCUUGGGGAAAGGUGCCAGAUUGUACCUAACACAGGUAAAGAGAGAGAUGGAAUCUGCAAAACCUGGGGACAGUACCAUUUUGAAACAUUUGAUGGUAUCUACUAUUACUUCCCAGGAAACUGUUCUUACAUUUUGGCAAAGGACUGUGGUGCUCAAGAACCUCAGUACACUGUUUGGGUUCAUAAUAGCCCUAAGUGCACUGGUUCUGUGUACUAUUGCCAUCGGUCAGUCAGCUUGUUCUUUUCUAGCCAAGAAGAAAUUCUCAUUUCUGGUCAUGAAGUAAAAAAAGAUGGAAUCAGGUUGACAUUGCCACAGACAAUUGGGCAUGUUUACAUCGAGAGGCUUGCUGACUACAUUCUGGUGAAAACAAACUUUGGCUUUUCAUUAGCUUGGGAUGGCAUAUCUGGCAUUUACAUCAAGUUGUCUGAGGAGCACAAAGGAAAAACCAGUGGUCUGUGUGGGAAUUAUAACGAUGUUCAGUCUGAUGACUUGCAAAUACAGCAUGAUGAAGUUACAGAAGACAUAGCCCUGUUUGCCAAUAGCUGGUCUAUCCAUACUGCAGAGGAUGAUGGAUGUAUAACCACUGACUCAGAUUUUCCAAGUCCAUGCUCUACAGGAAUACAUCCUUUUGAGGUGAUUUUCUUCAAGUGUCAGAUACUAUUGCAGUUUCCUUUCCUCAGCUGUCAUGAGUAUAUUGAUCCAUAUUCCUAUAUUGCAAGCUGUAUCAAUGAUCUUUGCAAAACUAAUGAUGAUCAUACUUAUUGCCGAGCUGCUACAGAGUAUGCUCGAGCUUGUUCCCAUGUUGGUUACCCCAUUCAAGAAUGGAGAGAUGACUUUCCAGCAUGUGUGGAUAAAUGUGAUGAUAGUCUUAUUCAUCGGGAUUGUAUCAGCUGUUGUCCACCUACCUGCACUUUUGAAAAAGAGUGCCUUGGGAGCAAUCUUCAAUGCCUUGAUGGAUGUUAUUGUCCUGAUGGCCUCAUAAUGGACAAUGGAACUUGUGUAGCCUUGGAAAAGUGCCCCUGUAGUUAUCGUGGAUUAUCUUAUUCAGUUGGUUCAAUAAUUGAGCAGGAAUGUUCUGAAUGUGUUUGUGUUGGUGGAACUUGGAAUUGCACAAAAUUUGAUUGCCCAGUUGAGUGUUCAGUGGUUGGUGAUUCUCAUUUCACAACAUUUGAUGGUCGACAUUAUACCUUUUUUGGUGUCUGCCAAUACAUUCUUGUCAAAGGUACUGGGAAAGAUAAAUUUACAAUCACUCUACAACAGGCUCCUUGUGAUGAGGACCUUGAAUGGGCCUGCCUUCAAUCAGUAGCACUUCUUCUUGAGGAUGAUUUUAAUAAACAGGUAAUCCUUAAUCGAGGAGGUGAAAUCAUCACAGGCCCAAACCAGGGGUUUAAUUUGAAUGGACAUGUUGAAAUUCGAAAUCUGUCCUCUUUGUUUAUUAUUCUGAAAACUAGAUUUGGUUUAAAGAUUAUAUUUGCUAAAGAUGGGGCAAGACUUUAUAUUCAGCUAAAUACUGAAUGGAAGAGAAGAACAAUGGGUCUGUGUGGAACUUUCAAUGGGAACAUAAGGGAUGAUUUCAUGUCUCCAGGAGGUAUGAUUGAAGGGACCCCACAGCUCCAUGGAAAUGCAUGGAAAGUUUCCUCAGCUUGUUUUGCCCCUGUCAGAGUCCCUCUCUUAGAUCCAUGUAAUAUCAACCAAGAAAACAUUGGAUUUGCCGCCCACUGUGAUGUCAUCAAUCAAGAGCUUUUUGCUCCAUGUCAUGACACUGUCAGUCCAGGAUUAUACUACCAGCUCUGUCGUUUUGAUGCCUGCAAGUGUGGAAGCAGCUGUUUAUGUAAUGCCCUAGGGCACUAUGCCUACAUCUGUAGCAAGCAUGGCAUUUUCAUUGAUUUCCGGGCUCAUGUCUCAUUCUGUGCCGUGGUAUGCCAGAAAGGCAUGUUGUACCAUCCCUGCUCCUCUUUCUGCCAUCAUUCCUGUGCUGCUCUUUCCUCCAUGGAGAGUUGUGAUGAUGAUUGUGUUGAAGGCUGUAAUUGUCCAGAAGGCAAAUACUUCGAUGAAGCAAUUAACUUUUGUGUGCCCAUAUUUAGCUGCCAUUGCUUUUAUAGAGGCAGUCAAUAUCAACCUGGAGAGCUUGUGGCUACACCAACUGGCUUAUGUCAGUGUUUAAAUGGGACAGUGAAAUGUGCUGAGCCUUCUCCUGCUACUGUUGUUCAUACAUGCCCAGAAGGAAAACGCUACUUUGACUGCAAAUUUCCUGACCCAGAAUUACCAGCCGCUGGUGUGAAUUGUGAGACUACUUGUGUAAGCUUGGCCAUGAACUUCACCUGCACCCCAUCCCCACCUUGUGCAAGUGGUUGCAUUUGUCCUCCAGGGAUGGCAGAACACAAAGGAAAAUGUUAUGUUCCUGAGAGCUGUCCAUGCCUCUGGAAGGAUUGGGAAUACCUUUCGGGAGAAGUGAUUUCUACCCCUUGUUAUACAUGUGUUUGUCGACGAGGAAUAUUCAAUUGUACUUACUACCCAUGUCCUGCGGUGUGCACAGUUUAUGGGGACCGUCACUACCAUUCAUUUGAUGGACUGGAAUUUGACUAUGUCAGUGAUUGCCAAGCUUUCCUAGUCAAGAGUGCAGAUGAUGCGGCUAUAUCUGUUCUUGCUCAGAACAAAAAGUGCUUUGAUAAUGAUAUUGUUUGUUCAAAAAGUUUGCUGAUUUCUGUUGGGGACACUGAGAUUUAUUUGAAUGACUCCCCUUACAAACAGAAACGAUCAGGUUUCCUGGAAAAUAAACCAACAUACCAGCUUUGGAAGGCUGGGUACUACACUGUUGUACAUUUCCCAGAGAAAGACAUUACGAUUCUUUGGGAUAAGAAGACAACUGUACAUAUCAAAGUUGGAUCACAGUGGAAGGGAAGACUUGGAGGUUUGUGUGGAAACUUUGACAAAUGUACUUCAAAUGAUAUGACAACAUCUAAUAAUAUGGAAGUGAGAAGUGCUCAGGUGUUUGGAGAAAGCUGGACAAUAGGACAGUGUGAAAACCCAAAUGAAACUGUCAGACCCUGUGAAGCAUAUCAAAAUAAGUUUCCUUAUGCCAAGAAAGAAUGCUCAAUUUUGUACAGUGAUAUUUUUGCUCCCUGCCGAAAUGUGAUUGAUGUGACUUCCUUUGUCAAAAACUGCCAUACAGAUACCUGUAACUGCAACCUUGGUGGGGAUUGUGAGUGCCUUUGUUCAAGUAUAGCUGCCUAUGCUUACAAAUGUUGUCAGGAGGGGGUCUCAGUUCAUUGGAGAGGCCCUAUUUGUGCACUUGAUUGUGAAUCCUAUAACCAAGGACUUGGAGAAGGACCAUAUAUAUUGGCUAGCUAUGGAAGCAUUGGCACAGUUCUAGGAGCAAAUAUUACCAGUAGAAAAAUCUUCCCUUUAAAAAGAACUAGUCCACAUGAUUUUGUGUUUUUUAGUUUUAUGAUAACUCCUGGACUUUUCCGAGAAAAAAAAUCAUCUUUAUCACUGGUUUCCUUAGAAUCUGCUGAAAGGCCAAAUUACUUUCUCUUUGUCCAUGAGGAUGACAGCAUCAGCUUGGAACGAUGGGAGGCAAACUCUGGUUUUCGCCGAAAUGCCACGUUUUUCCACCAUCAGGGCCUCUGGAUUCCCGGUUAUAGUGCAUUUGAAUUACACAGCAAGAAAGGCUUUUUCAUUAUCUUCACUGAUUCCACUGUCAAAGUCUCCAAAUAUGAUGAUUCUGAAGAUUUUAAGCAUGCCAGUAGCUUCAUCAUAGAAGAAAUUCCAGCAGCAGUACCUUAUAGAAGGAUGUGUGAAUGGCGAUAUGAACCAUGUGCUACUCCAUGUUUUAAAACUUGUAGUGAUCCUGAUGCCCUUGCAUGUAAAUUUCUUCCACCGGUUGAAGGAUGCUUGCCAUACUGUCCUAAAAAUAUGAUCCUUGAUGAAGUCACACUUAAAUGCGUUUAUCCUGCAGACUGUAUACCUGUGCCAGUUACAGAAGCUGUAAUAGUCAAGCCUCCAAAGCCAGGGGAAACAGAGGCUCCUGCUGCAUAUGUUCCAUCUGAGUGCCCAGAAGAGGGGGCUCCUACUCCUGCUUCAGAAUGUGUGCCAGAAUAUAUGGAACCUACUUUUACUUGUUACCAAUAUGUAUGUAUCAAUAAGGAAUGGAUGUUAUUCAACCUAUCAAGCAAUUGCCCAAAGGACACAACCAUACCUGACUGUGGUUUUCGAGGAAUGCCUGUUCAAGUAAACAAUGACACCUGCUGUCCUGAAUGGGAAUGUCCUUGUCGAUGUUCAAUGUUGUCAGAACUAAGCAUUAUUACAUUUGAUGGAAAUAGUGCAGCACUCUAUAGUAUGGCUUCCUACAUUCUAGUCCAGAUUCCUGGGGAAAUCAUAAUUGCCCAUAUUGAGAAAUGCCCCAAUAAUCAUAUUGGAAAUUCAAAAAGAAAGCUAGUUUCACCUGCGAAGACAUCAGAUCUUUGCUUCAAGAAAUUAAAUAUAACAUCACUGACAUAUAAUGUGCUUAUCAACCGUUUAAGAAGAAAGGUAGAAGUGGAUUCUAUCAUUGAACCAUUACCUUUCUCAGAGAAUGGCCUUUCUAUUGAGGAUACUGGUGCUAUGUAUGUUGUUACCACUCCAGGAGGAUUUAGAAUUCGAUGGGCUCAUGUUACAGGAAUUAUAGAUAUUCACUAUGAUUUUUCAUCAAUUGCUAAUCACAGCACAGAAGGACUUUGUGGUGUUUGCAAUGAUGACCCAAGUGAUGAUCUAAGGAUGCAAAAUGGCACCAUAAUCACAAAUAUGGAUGACAUUGCAUUGUUUAUUGAAAGCUGGGAACUUGACAAAUUAUUUGAUGUUACAACCAGAAGACCUAUUAGAAAUUGUACUGAAGAUGAUUGCAGCCACUGUGUAGAGUUGUUAAAGAAAACAGCUUUCAUUCCAUGCCAUAAAAAAGUUUUGCCAGAGGAAUUUUGUGAGAAGAUAUGGAUCAACUAUACAUAUUUUUGGAAGUAUGAGUGUGAUGUAUUGUCUGCAUAUGUAGCUUUGUGCAAUAAAUAUGAUAUCUGCAUUGAGUGGAGAGCAUCAGAUUACUGUUCUUUGAGUUGUCCUGAAGGGAUGGAAUAUCGGCCUUGUAUUCAAUCUUGUACAGCCAAAACAUGUCAGAAUAAAUGGUUCUUUGAAGAAGAGUCACUUUGCCAACAUUUAAGAGAAGACUGUGUGUGUACAAAUGGAACUGUUCUUCAUAGGCCAGAGUCAUUUAUGUGUAUUCAAGAGGAAAGAUGUGCAUGUACUGACAGUCAGGGCCAAUCCCGCUUUGCUGAAGAGGUUUGGAAUGGGGCAGAGGAAGGGUGCUGCCUGUAUAAGUGUUUGGAAAAUGGAAACGUGAUUCCUCUGGAGCCCAAUUGUACUGAAGAAUUGUCACCAAUUUGUAAAAGAGAAGGAGAAGUUGUCAUCACCAUGAUCAACAUGAAGUCUUGCUGUCCAAAGGAAGUGUGUGCCUGUGACAUGACUAUGUGUGAAACUGAUAUUCCAACUUGUAAAAGUACCGAAAAAUUAUUUGUAGGCCACAGCCCACUUCACUGCUGCCCACAAUACCAGUGUGAAUGUGAUAUUUUGGCUUGUCCUGAUUCUCCACAAUCAGAGUGCAGAGAAGAUCAAUUUGAGAUUCAAGUUCAGCAGGGAGAACCUUGUUGUUUCUCUCCUUUUUGUGUUUGUGAACCUUGCACUGAGCCUAUUCCAUUGUGCAUGGAGGGAGAAUAUCUCACUGUAGAUCUCAGUACUACACAUCAUUGUUGCCCUCAGUAUUACUGUGUAUGUGAGGAGAAUCUUUGCUCGCCACCUCUACUUAACUGCCCAGAGGAUAGGAAACUUGUGAAAGAAAAUGUAUCAGGACAAUGCUGUCCAGAGUGGCAUUGUGAAUGUAGCUGUGAAAAUAUUGUUAUGCCAGUUUGUAAUGUGGGAGAACUCACUCUACAAGAUCAGUCCUUUCAAAGUGAUUGUGGAUGCCAGAAGUAUCUCUGUGAAAAGGAUAAUGUAUGUGUAUUCCAAGAAAUAAAUGUCUUGAAUCCUGGAGAGUCUAUGAUAAAAUAUUUUGAAGAAGAUUACUGUCAUCCAAUAGAAUGCUUGGAAGAAAUGGAUAAUAGUACAGGCUAUCAUGCCAUGAAUAUUUCUAGAGUGAAUUGUUCAAAAGAAUGUGAAGCGCACCAAGAAUACGUUCCUUCUACUAGUGAUUAUGAUUGCUGUGGUACCUGCAAGAAUGUAUCCUGUAGUUUCAAGAUUGAAAAUGAUACAUUUAUAUAUGAGGAAGGAAAUUCAUGGGUAUUUAACUGCAGUAAAUACGAGUGUAUAAAGACAGAUACAGGGACAGUGAUUCUGAGCUACAGUAUUGUUUGUCCUCCUUUUAAUGAGACUGAAUGCAAAAAGAAUGAAGGCAUUAUAACAAUAACUAAUGAAGGCUGCUGCAAGAUUUGUAAAAGGGAAGAAAGAAUGUGCCAGAAAGUUACAGUAAAAACAACCAUUAAAAAACAAGAUUGUACAAGUCAAAGUCCUAUAAGCGUUGCUUCUUGUGAUGGGAAAUGCCCAUCUGCUACCAUCUACAAUGUCAAUAUUGAUAACCAUUUUAGAUUCUGCAAAUGUUGUCGGGAAAGUGGAGUGCGGAAUGUAAAUGUGCCUCUCUACUGCACAGGAAAUGGUUCAGAAGUUACAUAUACCAUUCAAGAACCCAUAGAGUGCUCAUGUCAAUGGAAAUGAUCUCUGUAUUGAAAGUAAACAAAAAACUCAAUCCUUCUCUAUUCUCAUAAUGACCAUUAAAGCUAGUUGUUAUUUUCCUAUCAUUAGAGAGAUCUGUACUUUUUUUUUAAUCUUAAAAAAAUUAUCAAAGCUUGGACCCCCACAAUUUUAUUACUGACUGUAAAUAUCCUAAGUUGCUAUAGUAAAGCUACAUAUUCUCUUAUUUAGUAUUUCAGAGUAUUGUGCUGUCCAUUUCAAUAAAAUUAUUUUCCUAUGUGAUGUUGAAAUAAAAUAAGUAUAUAAUUUUUAAAAGUAGUAGCUUCAGACCAUUGCACUGAUUAGAAUAUAAUUUGGGGGAGCUCUCCAUUUUGCUUAAUUGCAGUUUAAGUCAUCAUGCAUGAAAUUUUAUCUCCCUUUGUAUGAACCUUGAAAGCAAAAGCCAGUGUUACUUAAUAUCCCCAAAUCUCUAUUUUUUAUUUUACAUAAGUACAGUGAAUAAAAACUGGCUUCUAGAUGGGUAGAUUUAAUCAGACUUUAUAGACUUACAGAAUUAUAAGAUCAUAUAAUAUUAGCACUAUAAGGAGUUUUUGAGGAUACUUAGUUCAGUUAUUCUUUUAUUUUUUUUGAAAAGUGCCUUCCUUUUUUUUUUUUUUUUUUUUAAGUGCCUUUCCUUCUAUCUUCCAUCAUCUCUAUAUAUAUCAGAUGGCAGUGGAGCAGAAAGUGAGGCUGGUGACUUUGCACAGUUCACCCUCACUUAAAUUCAAUUCACUUGCAUAUAUUGACAUUAUCUCUUUUAUCUCAUGGUCCUUUUGGAGAACACAGGACAAACAACAAUGCAUCUUGGAACUAUCUUUUUAUAUACUUGCCCCCUACUCCAUUAGAAUAUAAGUUUCUUGAGAACAGGAGCUCUUUGAUUUUUUUCUUUUUGUUUUAUCAGCACUUAGCACAGUGUCCUGGCACAUUGUAAGCAUUUAAUAAUAAAUAUUUGUCGAUUGAUUAGUAUAUCAACUUGUCCAGUGUCCAAGUAAGCAAUGACAUAACUUAAACAACAAUGCAGAUCUUUUCUCUUGCAUCCCACGACUUGCAAUUACUUACAUCUACAGGAAUAGACACUGGAGUCUUUAUUUGUAAAGGGUUAAAAUUUUGUAUAAUUCUGACUGUCAGGUUCAGGUUCAUUACUUAUUGAAAGUAAUUAAUGAAAAUUCCACAGAUAGUAUACUAGAUAUAGAUAGUAUAAUAGAUAGGGUGGGGAAAAUGCAGCCUCAGCAGGCAUGGGGAGGAGGAAAAUCUUGUACCUUUAUUUUUAUACCAUUAAAUCUUUGGUAUUAUGUAUAUUAUUAUUAUUUAACAUAAUUGAUAAGUAGCCUAAAGUACUUAGAAACUGAUAUCCAUAUUUAAGAUAUAAAUAUGGACUGUAAAAAUCAUAUGGAAUUGUUAUUUUGAUGCUUAUGCCACUUUCUCUGUGAUGGGAGAAUGAGAUAAGAUUCUUUGAAUGUAUUAAUGCUUCUGUAAUAGAAUUUUGUGCCUUUAAAUUAACAAUUAAAAUUAUUGUGCUUGCUACAAAUGUGUAUUUCCUCCUAAAAUUAGUAUUUUCUUUUACACUUAAUAACUGUCAGUAUUUAGAGUAAAUGAAAAAAAUUAUUUGGUUACAAUAAGAUAACACUGGCUGAAGAGCAAUAAAUGAAAGCACUAGACAAAAAGUAGUACCCAUUUUUGUACAUAGGCUAUCACCUGUACUUUUAAAUAUAUUAUCUAUAAACUAUUAAUAUUUUUAUAGGAAAUCUCCAUUUAACUUCAAAAUAAUUUUUAACAAAAAAAAACACUUUGUCAUAGAAAUUUAGUAGUGGUGUUAGGAAGAAAACUUGUGAUUUCAUUUAAGUAGGUGAAUAAACUUCUUCUCCCAAAUCAAGAGAGCACAUACUCAAAAGUUUAUAGCUCUAGAAAGUUAUCAUAGAGGACUGAAAUGUUAAGUCUUGUCCAAGAGUUCAUAGCCAGUUCUCCAAACAUUAUAUUACAUGGCCUUUCAUAUGAAGUUUAUCAUUCUGGUGUGUGUGUGUGUGUGUGUGUGUGUGUGUUUCUGUGGAAAGAAAAGUUUUCACACAUUGUAUGUAUAAAAUCUUAUUUUAAAAUUUCAAAAGGUAUAGAAAUUUUUAAUUUUAUAUUGGAAAGGAACUCAGACAUGUAUUACAAUGAUUUUAUAAUUUGUAUUUUAUAAUAUAACAUUCUGUAUAAUCCUCUGUAUUUUAGCAUAGAGAUAGCAUAUAUCCAUUAUGAUGAUGAUCAUGAUGAUGAUUAUAUUGAACAUGUGAUAGAUCCAUGUUGGGAAUUCCCAAUAAUGAAACUAUCUCUGCCGAGUGGGCUACUAUUCUAUUAUUCUGCCCCAGGGCACCAUAAAGUUAAUGAUCACCUAGCUAGUUGUGCUUCAGAGGAAGAGGCCUUUAAUCCAGGUUAUCCCAACACCAAGACUAGCCUCCUCAGCAGGAUAGAUUUUUGAUACCUUUCAUAAUUUAAAAAAUAGAUCUGUGAUCUGUGAUUUCACUGGUGUGGGCUAACUCUACCCCCAAUCAAUGCCAAUCAUAAUCCUUAUUGGUACAAAAAUUCCUCAAGGGAAGAGUUUAUAAAUUAAAAAACACUUUUAAAUUUAUAGAUUUCUAUGAUUCAUGUUAUUAAAAAAUUCUCACAAUAAAACUUGGAAUGAAACAUUUAAAUUAAUUUUUUAAAAAAUCCAAAACAAUGAAUCAUGGUCAGAGAAAUGGACUUGGAGUCAGAAAGAUCUAGGUUCAAGUUCUGCUACUGAGAUCCUGGACUAGUGUCAGCCUCUCAGUGAUCUGGUCAGCUCUGUAAGAUGCUAAGCUGUAGAUCAAGUACCUCCCUACAUUACUAGAAAGAACUUUCUCUUUGAAAGUUUCAUAUGUCAGUGAAAUCACAGGUCUAAUUUCUUCUACCCCUCCAAAAAAAGAAAACUCAACAUUGUGAAACAUUAAAAGAUGAUAGCAUGAGUCAUUUUUAAGCAAGCCAUCUUGAUUUAACCUGUAAAUUAUUUAUUACAUAGCGAUGUUUUGUAAUCAAUUUGUAUUUGACCUCAAAAAAUCAAUAAAAUUACUUAAAAAUC